AUGGCAGCCUACAUGGCCUCCCUCCCGCAGGAGAUAGCAGCUCUGGUGGCCACGGACGACUGCCAGCUACCCGACGAAUUUAGCAUCCAGAACUUUUUCGCCGAAUCGGCUGACGGCGGCAAGACACUGAACUCGUUUGAGUUUGGCUUUCUGGACGACAGCACGACCGUAGACACAUCCUGUCUCUUCAACUCCACAUCCAAGGCCGUCAACGACGACGGGAGGACCCCAAGAUACAGCUGCAACGACGCUCGUGUCAACUUCAUCUGGCAAAAUGGGUCCCUGACGCUGAUCGAGGGCGUAUGUGCUGGUGAAGAUGGUGCGGCUGACUAUGAGGCAUCCGGUACGGCACCCGUGGCUAUUACUUGUACCGGCGGCAAUGCUACAGCCGCCAACAAUGCCACGGCUACCGGUGGAAGCAACUGCAAGGCCGAUUCGGCGGACAUCCAAGCCAAGUUCUUCAGCAUCCAGCCUGUGGCACCCAAGUUUGAGUGA